UGUACUAGAAAUUUGGAUCGUUUUGUUAGAAAAAUCGGUGAUAAUGUCGUGAUUUUUCCAAAUUCAGGAUACCGCGAUGCGGGGAUUUUGGAUAACAUUAUUCAUCCUGUAUAUACCAAGGGAAAAAUAUGGAAUAAUAUGCCUAGAAGAUGACACUGAAGAAUCCUCAGGGGGCGACCCCGCGGUCAUCGACCUCGUCCAAAACUAUCAUGAAAACAAGGCCCUUUUGGAAUCGCUCCCUCAGCCAUACGAGGUCAUUUACCCGGUACAAAUACGGCGGAAUCAGAAAAUCGGAAUAUCGACUCUGGAGCGACGGGGACGCCAUUUGGUGCACAUGGAACAGACGGUCUUCCAAAUCGAUCUCUUUGGUGAAACACACAAACUCAAACUCCAUCUCAAUGUGCCGCUACUCUCGACCAGCAUGCGGAAAAAGUACUUCCUUCAAGACAAGACUCAGAUUAUCUCCGAGACUGUGGACCACUGCUACUACCAUGGAACUAUCAAACAUCUCCCCGAGGCUAACGUCGCAGUGAGCACGUGUAAGGGGCUGAGCGGUGUCAUCCAGCUCCAGAACGCUACCUAUAUCAUCCAGCCGCUCAAGGGAGGGGACAUGGGGAUGAACCAUCCGCAUGUGUUAUACCGCGCUGUUAACGAGCGGAAGGGAGACUGUGGGGUCCACGACGGGCGCUGGCUGCAUUACCAAGAUCUUCACGAGGAGGAAUAUGUCCGUAGGGUCAAGAUGAGAAACGCUAAUCCUGAAAAGAUCAAGAAAGAUGUUGAGGCAGCCACUAAAGUUAUUGACCUGGCUUUGAUAGUUGACUAUAAGUUGUUCCACAUGAACAAUAACACGAGUGAACGAGAAAUCGUCCAGAAAGUCAUCAUGGUAGCCAACAUCGCUGAUAUGUAUUUCAAAGUCCUCAAUCUAAAUCUUUCGAUCGUGUACAUUGAGAUUUGGAACACAGAGGACCAGAUGAAGAUGGACCCCAACAUCCGCAAGACUCUACAGAACUUCGUCCUUUAUAAGAAAGGAACUCUUUACCAAGUGCCUCAUGAUAGUACUCAUUUACUCAGCUCCUAUGCAUUUUCUACAGACGACAUCGGCCUUGCCAUUCCAGAAUCCAUCUGCUCAGAACGUGCCAUCGGUAUCACCCGCGUGCCGAGCCUGUAUCAGCCAAUGGAGAUAGCGGCGACCUUGACACAUAUGAUAGGUCAUAACCUUGGCAUGAAACACGACUCGGAGAAAUGUGAAUGUAGCGACUUGUUCGGGUGUAUGAUGAAGGAAAGUCUGCUACUCAAAGGCAGAGAACACCUCAAGAACUUCUCCUCCUGUAGCCGUGACUUCUUCACCGACGCGUUAUCCCUCGGUCUCGGCAACUGCAUCAUACCGUACCGAUACGAGGUCACCUACCCGACGAAAUGCGGCAACGGCAUCGUCGAGCGGGGCGAGCAGUGCGACUGUAAAUCGGCCCAGGAGUGCUUGUUGAAGGAUCCGUGUUGCGAGCCGAGCACUUGUCUCCUACAGCCGUGGGCGUUUUGUAACCACGGGCCGUGCUGUAAAAACUGCUCUAUUUUGCCUCAUACUCAUGUGUGUCGUGUCCAAGCAAACGAGUGUGACGUGGCCGAAUACUGUGGUGGUAACAGUGGCCUGUGUCCUCCCAAUGCCUAUAUCCAAGACGGGACGCAAUGCUCCGCCAGGGAGGGGCACUGCUAUCGUGGGGAAUGUCCGACGCAUCAACGCCAGUGUCAAAUGAUAUGGGGAAGAGAUGCACUCGUCGCCCAGACAAGGUGCUACCAACGUUUUAACCCUCUCGGAACGAUGAACGGACACUGCGGACCGAACGUGACGACACAUUUGUACAACCACUGUGAGAAUGAGGACGUGUUGUGCGGGCUCCUGCACUGCAUCGGUGGAACCCCUGCCCCCCUGGUCGGAGACAUGGAGACGUACACCAAGACUUUUGUCAGCGUGAAGGGUCAGCAGUUUGUUUGCAAUAUCCUGAAUAGUUACAGCAUCCCAGAAUUCCCCCAAGACGGCGUGGUCAAGGAUGGAACCAAGUGCGGUGCAGGGCGGGUCUGUUUGAAUCACAAGUGCCGGGACGUGAAGGCCAUCAUGAAUGGAGCGUGUCCUACUAAUAAUCCUUCAGUCGUCUGUUCAGGCCAUGGGGUCUGCACAAACGAGUUGAAAUGCGUUUGUAACCCGUUCUGGCUGAAAGAAGACUGCAGCGUCCCGAUGUUCCAACCAACACUAACAACGACAACAACAGCCGUCAUGCCAACCAUGGUCGAUUAUAACGUGACAGAUUAUAACGCGUCGGCCAUAUUUGUUGCCGGGAUUUUGAAAGAUCGUAAGGGUGUCGUACCCAAUAAUGUUAACGGGGAGAGCAUCAGUACGAAGAUGUUGAUGAUAAUCUUGGCAGGUGUCGCCGGUGGUCUUCUUGUCGUCCUCGCAUUCUUUAUGUUAUGCUACAGACGCCGUAGCCCUACAUCCAUGACUAGUUACACCCCCUGGGGGAAGAAGAAGAAGAAAGAGGCACUUGCAGGGAAUCGCCCUGCUAGCCUGUCAAGCGAGGAGGGUCCCAACGCCAACCGAAUCAUCAAAUUUGGGGAGAUGCCUUCGUACAGGGAAGAGAAAAUAAAAGAACUCCACGAAUUAAAACGGCGAGUUUUACAAGGUCACUACGGUGAUGAGGAGGAUGAUCACGAAUUAGCUGAAACAGCAGAAAAUCGCAACAGCUGCACCGAGGAAAUCAUUCAUGACCCGCCUCAUCAGCCAUCCCCUCCUCCAGUUAGCCUCGACAAAAUGCCGGAGAAGGGUAUUUUGAAGAAGGGCCCGCGACAGAAGGGUCGCCGAUUAAAAAAGGGGUUGAAACUUCCUGGGGAUCCGGGGCAGUUGUCUGGGUCCCAGAUGUCGGGAUCAGAGACGGAAUCAAAGGAGGGGUCCAAGGUGGAAUUGGCGGGCAUUCUGAAGGAGGUUGACAAAGUUGUGUCAGGGUCGGAAUGCGGUUCUGGUGUUUGUUCAGAUUAUGAGAGUAUGGAUACAGAACGGGAAAGCUUGUUGAAGUCCGACGGUGGGGAGAGGUCGGGGACUUUGGAUUCGCGAAUUCUUGAAUCGCCGAUGGGUACUGGGUCGCCAGGUAGUAAAGAGCAUGUGGACUCCGAAGGGAAAGUCGUUCAUAUACGAAAUAUUGGCGAUUUGAUUAAAAAUAUCGAAGAACAAGUUGUGAGACAAUCGCCUCCUGCUACGGAGGAUAAACAGGACUGCGACAAUCCUAAUUUGUGCCAAAAGAAUCUGCUACGCCCCGAGGAUGUAAAAACUGAUGCGAACGUGCAGACUAGUCCUUUAUACUCUCAUCCCGUUCAUAUAACGGACAAUCCUUUGUAUCCAUUGGAAGAAGCGGGGUCGGAAUCGGGAAGUAGUGAAUCUGCGCGGAGUACAAACAGUUUGAACGGGGCACAAAAAAUACCGUCUCCAGUUUCACCAGAGCCAAUUGUCUUAACUGCUCCAGCGCCACCUUGUGGGCCUUUACUGAACUUCUCUCCGUUGCACAUCGGGUUGCAAACGCAACAUCACGCUCAGUUUAGCCCGGAGGAUAAUCUGUUUACGUGUACACACUUCUCGCCCGUGUCAAGUCCGCGAGAAAGUUUUCUGAAAAGUGGUUGUAGUCCGUUGGCAAGUCCGAACGAAAGUCCGUAUAAACCCAUUUUUACGCCACCACCUCGACUCCCGCCUGUGCAGUUUUCACCGCAAAAGCCUAUAAUCCCUGGACAGACUGGCCUGAAUCAAAACAUUGGAAAGUUAUCAUCAUUCUUACCGCGGCCUGAUUAUGUCCCAUUGCCACCAUCUUCACCAGCGCACUCUAGUAGCGAGAGCAGUAACUGUUCGAGUGUCGUUAAGCCUGACAGCCCAAAAGAGGAGAAAGAUAACAUCCCGAGGAUUUGGCAGGCACCAAACCGCAGCAAUAUCCCAGCGAGACGUGGACCAGUUGCAGCAGUGCUCAGUGGACAUUUUGAGAAAGUGCCUACCAAAAAUAUACCUGGUGAAACUGGACCAGAAAUGGAACGAAAGUUAGUUCAAAAUGCACCACCAGGUGGGCCACCUGAUGGUGUACGAUCUGCUCCACAGCAGUUUUAUUCUUUUUUACCCCGAUCUGAAAAAGACCCUUCAUCGGGAGAAAGUAUAAUGUAUCCGCCUCAACAAACCGGCCGACCGAGGUCUUGUGCUUCCCCGCAAGAUGGAAAUCUUGGGUUGCCUCGAAAACCACGCAGCAGGCCCGCGAGUACGAGUCUAUACAGGCCCGUUAUUUUGCCGAAACAAAACAUACCGGCGAACAGUGCAUGUGCUUCGCAGGAACCUGACGAUCGGCCAUCGAAACCGAGCAAUCUUCCAUUGACAAACAACUUUCACAGCAAUUCAUCAAAUUCGCCUGAAUUUUACAAAACCUUUUCCCCAAUUUUCCCACCGCAUUUGUUAUCAGCUGAUCAUUUUCGUGUCCAAUUAGAUGAAGACGAACUCUCGUCGGAAGAAAAUAUGAACAACGAUUUGUCACCAUCGCACGCCCGGAUACCGCAUUCCCCAGAAUGCAAUAUCAAUCCAUACAGUCCAGACACUUCGCCAAACGAACAACCCGCACGAUCAAAAACUCAGUUCCCAAUGGGAAUUCGAUCAAAUUUGAACACAGGGUCAAAGGUCAAACCGUGGAAUUCUCGGGAUAAAAACGUUGACCCGGAUGUUGUCGCGAGUGGAGGGAGAGACGUGCGGAAGAAACCCGAAUCUCCAAAACGUGGGAAGAAAAAGAAGAAAAAAGCAACCAGCGGUGAAGAGAAGAUGAGUAGUAGAGAAAAGAUUGACAAAGAUUUGGUACUUGAUGUGUAAUAUAUUGUAAACCCCAUUUUGUAUUCAAUUUAUUGGCGAAAUCACAGUGGCCCAAAAGGACAUGGCGAUUUACUUCUGAAGCUGAAUACAGCUACAACACUGUACCAUUACUGUUUGUGAGUGAAGCCCUGAGGCAAAAAGGAGUUGACUUUUGUUGAAGAUUGAGAAGGGCUGUUUGCUUUGUAAAUAAAUGACUCUAGGCUAGAUUAAUCUAGAUGUGAAUCCAACGUAGAAACAAUUGGUAUGUUUCUGUGUAAUGCAAUAUGUGUCUUCCAAACGGAAGAAUAUGAAAUUUUAGUUCUGUUGGCGAGAAUUUUGAGAAUCUGGACCAUUGUUUUAGGUCAUCUACUUCAAUUGAAAGUAUUUGUAUCGAGGUUGCAUUGCAAAGAUCUCCUGUUACCGAGGUUAUCAAGGUCACCUGUAUCAAGGUCACCUAAUCAAGGUCACAUAAUCAAGGUCACCUAAUCAAGGUCACCUUUACUAGAAACAGAUAGCAAGCAGUGCUAUCUAUUCUGCCUUUACUGAGAUUACCUUUAUCAAAGUCACUCAAGGUUACCUAUAUCAAGGUCACUUAAAAGUUACCUAUAAGGUUAUGCCUAUAUCAAGGUCACUUGAAAGUUACCUAUAAGGUUAUGCCUAUAUCAAGGUCACAUGUGACCCACAUAUAUAAAGGUAUCGGCAAAUAAAGACACCUGUAAGGUUACCUAUAUCAAGGACACCUAUAUCCAGUAAACCAUAUCAAAAGGUAACAAUCAAUAUCAAUUCAUAUUCUAAAUUUUAUACUUAGGAUGAUUUCUUUGAAGAUAGACUUGCCAAGGGUAACCUAUGUAUAAGGGUUUUAAAGGAUACCUAAAUAACGAAUGUCAUCAUCUUUGAAACGUUUACCAAACUGAACUCAAUUUAUCAAAAUGGUUCUCAGCUUUUUAUAUGUGCCAUAUUUUGUGUACACGACUUUAAACUGAUGGUUUUACUUUUAUGCAACGAUCACAUUUUUGGUGAAAACUGCCGUACUUAAUGUUUUAGUUUAAGGAUGUUUUAUAUGUGGCAUAAUGUGUCGAUUAACAGUGACAAUAGAUUAGAAUAUUAGUAUAACAUAUUGUGUACUUCUGAUGGGUGAAGGCGACAUAUCUAGUUUGUAACUUAUGCAACGAUCAAUAGAUGUCUUGUACACCUCCUCCUCAAGGGUACAAGGCACUUACGACAAGCACUAUUAAUCUUGUGGCAAAGCUGUGCCGUCGGUCAAAACAGGAUCAGGCGAAUUAUCAUUGAUCAAACUUUCGUCAUUAUUGCAGCAUUGUUGCGUCGUUCGCUUGAGGAGAAGUGUUUGCAAGACACGCAUUGCUACUUGCCAAAAUCUGCAGACUUCAAGUCUUUGAAACAGUUCAUAUAUUUAUGGCUUGAUGCUUUUAUAGUAUUUAUUUAAUCCUAAUACUCAUUGCGUAGUAGUUUAGAUGUGUUGUCACUGCAGGGAGCUAUGCUUCUUGUAAUGGGCUAUUGACAGUGAUGUGGACACUUUCUAGCAUUGGACUCAAAUAAGUGUUUUUCGCUGUGUAGUUGCAUUCAUUUUUGCUAAACAGCUGAUGUUUAAUGGCACUUCUGUGAAUUGCUAUUCAUUACUUCCCCUCAUUUCAUCUAGACUAAUAAACAUAUUCCUGGAAAAGAGGAGGGCCAAGACGCACCAUCCACCUGCAUAUUGGCCGCUCAAGUUGAACAUCAUCAGUCCCUAUCCUCUUCCGUUCACACUCGGGCCCACCCAAAACAAUCUAGGGCAUUUUCACUCGUGAUACUGGUAAAUAUUCUGUCAAGUCUUUACUUAACCUUUUUGGAUGUAAUAGUAAUACCGUCCGGGAUGCAGGGGACAGGAGAAAUCAGGAGUGACCCUCCCAGGGAAAAUAUAAGUUAAAGAAUUUAUUCAUUUGCCAAAAUUGUCGUGUUCGCAAACUUUGCUACCUGAUUUUCAAUACCUUUUUGUACAGGGAUUUACAUGUGCAUAAACUGUGUGUUCAUUUUCAAAGUAUUUACUGUAAUUAACUGUAUACUCUUAACUCAGUGCUGUAAACAAAAGAUCAGCUGCCUUCAUUUCGAAGACAUCAUCGCCGCCAUCUUUAAAGGCCAAACACUUGGACCAUGAACAGCAAAACAUGACGCUAGUGCAACGUUUCAUUUAUCCUGGGACUAGGAGGCCCAAUUGGUAGUCUCUGGGUGACUCUGUCAGGGACGGAACUUGGAUUAUCAGAAAGAGGGGCUGCUGAGCUUAGGGCGCAGCUGGAACUCUAGAGCACUGUAUAAGAUAACUUGAGAGAUAUGUUGAGUUUCAUUAAAGGGGGAUGCUGUUCGUAGUUAAUCGUGGGUCUGGAAAAUGUUGAAAGUUUUAUUCAAUACUUAUCUACGUAAUUGGAAAUUUUCCAAAUUCAGUUACAAAAUUUCAAAUUGACAACGGCAUAGGCCCUCAAGAAUCGAGGAGAUGCUAAUUUGCAUAAUAAGGACUGUGUAGCUUAAAACAUUUUUGAAUUGUAUACACUGCAGUGUUCCUUUAAUAACAAGUGGCUGUUAAGCUUUGCAGCGCUGAGCACCACCUGUUUAUAUGUCUGUACAGUAACUAACAGGUCUGAGUCGGAAAGACAUAGUGAGAUAAUAAACUAAUGUAAUAUAAA